GGCAUCUGGCAUUUACAUUUCCCCCCCUUUUGACUUUUGCUGCCUUUAAUUUCAUCUUCUAUCUUCUUCGCCGCUCCCCCACCCAAACCCUUAUGGGGUUAGAAAGCUGAUUCUUUUGUAGAUUAACCCAUUUACGGCAUUUAGGUUUCUUGAAUCUGGGAAUUGAAUGCCAUUUAGCAGAAUGAAAGGGAACAAAAUGGCAAAACGGUCGUCUUUUGGAAGCAUUGUGAGGAAGAGGCUCUCAGACGUCACAAACUCUCUGCCGCAACCCAAAUCCCCUAUCCAUCUCCAAAAUGAUGCUUCUUCGGCUAAGGACUACAUCGAUUAUCUUGUAAAGGAAAACAUGGCAUUGGUGAAACUCAUUCAAGACAAAAAAAAGAUAAUAGAAUUGAGCGCAAAUGAACUUAAGAAACUGAGGGUUAAUCUUCAGAAAAUGCAGCUGCAGAACUGGCAUCUUGCUCAAUCAAACAGUCAUAUGCUGGCGGAGCUCAACUUGAAUAAAGAAAAGUUAAAGUCUCUUCAACAUGAGAUUGCUUGCAAGGAAGCUCUUUCCAAAGCAAAGAGUCUGGAAGUAAAGGAACAAGAAAGUAUCAGUGGUACUAUGAAUGAGGGGAAGGAUGGGGAAGCUGCAGAAGGGAAUUCCCUACCAAAUGCAGAGAGCAAACCGAGUAAAAGCAACAGGCCGCUUCGUGCCAGAAGAUGUCGAUCUAUGAGCCAUUCAACUGCCUCACCAGAAGCUGCAAAAGAAAAAGCUGCUGAAAAACGGCGCCGUUUAAGGAGGCAGUCAGCUAGUUAUAGAAUGCAGCAGGAGCAGCAGGAACCAGUUGAGGACUUGUUUGAGUUGGAAGAUAUUACAAAGCAAAUCGUCGAUGAUCCAAAUGCUCCUUUGCAUUCUUGUUCUGCCAAUGCAGAAAAGGAUGGUUCUGGAGUUGUAGGUCAAGCAUCAAACAGAACUUCUAUUGGAAGGCCAUUGAGGAAAGCAGCUGAGAAGGUUCAGUCCUACAAAGAAAUUCCCAUUAAUAUCAAAAUGAGAAGAGCAGAUUAAGAUCUUCUCUGUUUUAGCAUACUGGUUUGUGUUAGUAGUUUUUAGUGCAUGCUGCUUUCUGCUGUAUAAUCUUCUUCCUCCUCUUUGUAGAAUCACAUUCUUGUGAACUCUCAGAAGAACAGCUAUUUUUUAUUUUUUUUUUUUGUGAAAGAAGAGAUGUUUUUGUUUUCA